GGAAGGAGUGGUGAGAUCUGUGUUAUAAAAACUGGCUUCGAGACAGCAGUGUGUACACAGGACAUUCCCUCAGAUCUUGGGAACACAAACUGACUCAGCCCUCACAACCACAGACAUAAUGGCAGAUGAAAGCUUUCAGAAGGAGUUCCUAGAGACUCACAAUGCCUACAGGGCGAUGCAUGGUGCGUUGCCACUGACGCUCAGUAGCGACAUGAAUGAUUCAUCUCAGAAAUGGGCCGAUCACUUGCUGGAGCUCGGUGUCUUCCAACACAGCGAUACAAAACAUGGAGAGAACAUCUACCACAUGAUGGGCUCCGGGGCCUUGACAGGGAAAGGAGCUGUGGAUGCGUGGUACAGUGAGAUCAAAGACUACAACUGGAGCAGUCCUGGGUUCGGCAUGAACACUGGGCAUUUUACUCAGGUGGUUUGGAAAGACACCACUAAACUGGGCGUGGGUGUAGCCUCUGUUGGUACCAAUGUCUAUGUGGUUGCCCAAUAUUCUCCACCUGGCAACAUGAACAUGCCGGGAUACUUCGAGAAAAACGUCCUUGAGAAAGGUAGUGGAGGAGUAGCGAAAGGAGCAGGCAGUCACCCCAGUGUGGAGUCUGACAAGAGCAAAAGGAAAUGUUGCACACUGCUAUAGAUGACCUAGACCAUCCCUGCUGCUACCUCUUAAUAUUCCAUGUUUUCAAUGAAAAAAUGAAAGCUUGUUUUAUAAAAAAUGUUUGAUUGAGAA